AUGCCCUCGUCGCUGCUCCCGUCCCGCUACCAGCAGAACGAUGCCUCCGCCACCUACUUCCUACCCUUAGUCCUGCUGCUCAGCUCUGUCGUUUCCAGCAUUGGCACAUCUGUCGCGCACGCCCUCCUCACCAGCGCUGUCGCAUGGACUGUCUUGAGCGUAUACACCAGCGUCAGACUACGAAGAGGGCGGAACGGGAAGGAGGAGAAUGGUGUCAACAGGCAGGCGCGCAGACUGUCAUGGGCAGCAGGGGGGCUACUUGCAUUGGCCAGGAUAUGUGAGCGUGCGGUGGAUGGGAGGGGGAUAUGGUGGGCCAAUGGCCUCCUUCCCUUGACCCUGACGAUUUUCCUCUCUACCUCCAUCCUCCCCCCUCUCAACGAGCCGACCAGCCCCCCCGCGAGUCCAGAGAAAUCACGACCGAAUGCCUCCUACCCAACGAGUCCGAAUACAUCCCUCAUCAUCCUCACAGCCUCGGCGGUAGCAGCAAUCUUCGCCGCGCUAGGGUCCAACGCGACCAUCGCCCUAGGCCUGUCGGACGCUCUGGUCACAUCUCUGGCUUUCUUGCUGGUCGAGCGGGCGCACAGCGAAGCGAAGCAUGGGAAUAGUGGCGGCAGCGUGAUAUACGCCGCUAAUGGCCUUCUCGCGCAGCCAGCUGCUGGAUCGGGAGGCAGUGGGGAUGCGAAGACGGCGGUCAUGAGAGAUGUUGCAGUGGGGUCAGCUGUGUGUACGACGGUGGCUGCGCUCACGCUGGAGAGCUUUUCGUUUGGUGGAUUGGGGUAUUGGGGAGUUUUUGGGCAGGUGUUGGGUGAUAAUUGGAUGUUCUGGGAUGGCGUUUUGGGAGUGGCGUAUGCAGUGGGCAUGAUACAACGGCAAGGCUCACUGGUAGCGAGCUUCGUCCCUCUGGCGGCGUCCAUAUGCUCGCAAAUGCUCGUCGAUUUCUCCUUGAGCAGGGUAUGGUUCGCCGUCUUAUGCGCAGUGUCGACAUAUACCUUCUUCGACGAGCAGGAGACCUUCUCUGCAGGAUCCGGGAGGACACUGCGUCCAACAAGAAUCUUGACUCUCGUCGCCGUCAUCUCGUUUGGCGUCCUCGCCGUCCUGUCUCUUCGCCAGCCCUACGAAGCAUAUCGCUUCAGGACGCCUGCAGAUAGCACGCAAGGCACCGGAGAGUCGGACACGCGACCACCUCCGACCUCAUUUGCUCCACUGGAGUUUACCAACUCGCGAGUGCACCCUAUCGAUCAGCUGGUGCGGGACGCCGAGGUCGAAUGGAUGAAGGUUGUGCAAGGCCAAUCGCAAAGCCUGGAGCAAGCGGUGGCUGAAUACAGACGGCGAUACCAGAUACCGCCUCCGCCAAAUUUCGACAAAUGGUACGAGUUCGCAAAGCGGAAAGGCGUCCAGCUUAUUGACGAGUACGACACCAUCUACCAUUCCCUCCGACCUUUCUGGGCACUGCAGCCCGAAACCAUCAGAACACGCGCCCAGGAAGCCAUCGGUAACAACGACAACUUCUUGAUGGGUCUACUUAUCCGCGAUGGCACGGCAAAGUAUGUUGAGAACGGACAAGACUGGCUGCAGCAAGCUGUCGUUGGCAUGAUUGAGCAGUUCGUCAAGUACCUUCCCGACAUGGACAUUGCCUUCAACACGCAUGACGAACCUCGCGUGGUUGUGCCCCACGACGAUCUGACACGCCUUGUCAAGGAGGCGACCAACAAGUUCAUGCCGGCAGCCUUCGCCAACCCCCAUCCUCGCAACUCAUUCUCUCCCCGACCGAACGACCUCACCAUUGGGACUCGAAUUCCGGAAGCAAAAACAACAAGAUUCAACGUCUACGCUCAUCAGCCCGUCUGGAUCCCUUCUCGCCUCUCCUGCCCACCAGACAGCCCAGCACGUGCUCUCGACGAAGGACUUGCUGGGGACAACCUUACCGCUUACGCCUUGACAGAGCUCGGCUUCGUCUACAACGCCACCGCCUUCUCCGAUGUCUGCAACUCCCCCUCCUUUGCCGGCAGCCACGGCUUCUUUGAGCGUCCAAACGCUUUCAAUGUCGUGCACGACCUCUUCCCCAUCUUCAGCCAGAGCAAGAUGAGUGCUUUCCAGGACAUCCUCUACCCCAGUCCAUGGUACUGGUACGGCAAAGUCGACUACGUCGAACGCCAAGACCUCGAUUGGAAGAACAAGAUCCACUCCAUGCUCUGGCGUGGCUCCACAACAGGUGGCUUCAGCCGCAACGGCGGAUGGCGCCGCCAGCACCGACAACAGAUGGUCAAACAUCUCAACGCCCUCGACAACGCCAAAGUCCUCGAGAACAUAAACAAAGACCCCGGCCGCGACGAGAAUACGCCCGAGUGGAAACUCAAGACCGUCCCGCGCUCCGACUACAAAGAAGUCAUGGACGUGCACUUCUCGCACAUCGGCCAGUGCGACCCGGGCGACUGCGACGCCAUGAAGGAGUACUUCGGCAUCACCGAGGGCGUCGACCAGCAGGACCACUGGAAGUGGAAGUACCUGCUCGACAUGGACGGGAACGCCUUCAGCGGCCGUUUCUACGCUUUCUUGAAGAGCAAGAGCUUGGUGUUCAAGAUGGCGGUGUUCCGGGAAUGGCAUGCAGAUUGGCUGAAGCCUUGGGUGCAUUUCAUCCCGUUGAGUUUGCGCGGUGAUGAGGCGUUGGAGGCUGUGAGGUAUUUUUCGGGUGAGCCGGAUGGGAAGAGGGAUGCGGUGAGGUUGGCGGAGCAGGGGAGGGAGUGGGCGGCCAAGGCGUUGCGGAAUGAGGAUUUUGAGGUUUGGUUUUUUCGGUUGUUGCUUGAGUAUGGUAGGCUUGUUGAUGAUGCGAGGGCGGAGAUCGGGUAUGCUGGGUCGUAA